AGUCACUUCAGUGAUUUAAUAAGAAAUUUAAUACCACUGUUAAUUAGGACUUCGAUAGAAUUUAUAUAAAACUACUUACUACUACUUAUAGUGUUUUAAUAUUUUAGUAUUUAUUUUAUAACCUAAAAUAAUUUGUUAAUAUAAUGGAUGGAAGAGACUUUAAGCUUAGUACUGAAUUGCUUGGACAUUCGGCUGAUGUUCGUUCAAUAGCUAUUAAUGAAAAGAAUGUUAUUGUUUCUGGAUCUCGUGAUAAAAGUGUAAAAGUUUGGGAGCCUGAUGAACAAAUCCCUAACUAUGUUAAUACUCAUUCAUUAUCUCACCAUUCUAGUUAUGUUUCUGCAGUGGCCUUUCUUGGAAAAAAUACGAAUAGUUAUCAACAAAUUGUGAGUGGUGGUAAUGACAAUACAAUUCGUAUUUACAAUGAAGAUACAGAAGCGCUAGUUUUAAAAGGUCACACAGGUGCUGUUUGUUGUUUAGCAGCCGGUCCAUCAACAAAUACAUUACUAAGCGGAAGUUGGGAUAGUACUGGUCGCUUUUGGACAUUACAUGAUGAUGGGACUUAUUCUUAUAUUGAACUAAAAGGACACUCUGCAGCAGUUUGGGCUAUUGCUGCCCUCCUAGGUGGUGAAGGGUUGUUAGUUACUGGUUCAGCGGAUAAGUCAAUAAUUGUUUGGUCAAGUAAAGGUGAACGAAUGGCAACUCUUGAAGGCCAUACAGACUGUGUACGAGGUUUGGCUCCAUUGCCAGAACGUACUCUACUAAGUUGUGCCAAUGAUGCAACAAUACGAUAUUUGGAUCAUAUCAGUACAUCUCAAUUUUGGAGUUUUUGCUACUGCGGAGAAGGUGGUCAAAUUAGACUUUGGAAAAUUGACUCAUCCAGUGAUGAAACAAAUUAUACAGAUGAAAUAAACCUACCUGCUCAAUCAGCAUGGGCAGUUGCUUUUCUGAGUAAUGGGGAUUUAGUAACAGGUUCUAGUGAUGGUGCAGUUAGAAUAUUUUCAAGAGAUCCUCAACGCCAAGCCUCUGAAGAUGCACAAAAUGUAUUCAAUGCACAAGUACAAUCCAGACAAGAAGCUGCUAGUCCACUGGGGAGAGUUAAGGUCACUGAUCUUCCUGGACCAGAAGCAUUAAUGAGACCUGGUAGUGAGGGACAAACACGGUUGAUAAGGGAAACAAGUGGUGUUUGCUGCUAUCAAUGGGACAAAGGACAAUGGACAAAAGUAGGUGAUGUUAUGGGAGCUGUUGGUGAUAAUCCUGAACCCCCAGGACAAAAAAGUCAUGAAGGAAAAGAAUAUGAUUAUGUAUUGGUGGAUGUGGAGGAUGGAGCACCUGCAUUGAAAUUACCAUACAAUAGAGGAGAAGAUCCUUGA